AAAAAAAAAAAAAAAGCAAACUUACCUUACUUUAUACUCAAAGAAAGACGGAUAUAAGAGACUUAAAUGUCUGAGAUGCCAAAAUGUACCUAGAAAUUAGUUCACUUCAAAACAAUUUAAUACAAGCAAGCAGAUAAUGCAGCCUUUGAUUGAGUAUAAAAUUAAAUUUUCCACUGCAACAACCCACUGCAGUUAUGUAUUUCGAAGAUCCUGUACCAGAGCGCCCAAUAACAAACAUGAACAAAUCUGUGGAAAAUCUUCUGAUAUCUAGUCAUGAUUUAAUUACUAGCAUUAACUCCUCAUCUUUGGCUGGCCAUAGUUUAUCGUCUAACUUAACAAAUGGAGCAUAUAAUGAAUCUAUACAAGAUGUAUCAUCUGGGGGAGAAAAUGAACGUGGAAGUCCAAUCCAAUCUCCAAAUUUAUCUCCUAAACCAAGUCCACGAUUUUCGAGUAAAAAAGAUCAUAAAGAUAAAUCACAUAAGGAUGAGAAAGAUCAUAGAGAUCAUUCCAUAAAAAGUUGUUUAGACGCCACAAGUCAUUCUCAAAAGGAAACAGUUAUUUCAAGCAAAUUGAAUGACCAUCAAAUUCAGGACAUUACAAAUCGCUCUUCAGAUUCUACAGAAGUUAGUAAACAUACUGCUUCUGAAAGCAGAAAAGAAACAAGAGGAAGUGACCAUCGUACUAAAAAAAAAUCUUGGUAUUCUAAUAUUCUUUAUCCCACAUAUAAAUCACGUUCUGACGAUUUUAAAAGAAUUUUUAAAGAGGUACCAGAUGAAGAAAGACUUGUUGUUGAUUAUUCUUGUGCAUUACAAAGAGAAAUUAUAGUUCAUGGAAGACUGUAUGUUUCUCAAAAUUAUGUAUGUUUCCAUGCUACUAUAUUUAAGUGGGAAACUCUUGUUUCCUUACGUUGGAAAGAUGUAACAUCAAUUACUAAAGAAAAAACAGCCCUUGUUAUUCCAAACGCUAUAUUGAUUGCUACUGUUACUGAUAAGUUUUUUUUAACGUCUUUUGGCUCAAGAGAUAAAACAUUUAUGAUGUUAUUUAAAGUUUGGCAAAAUGCUCUUAUGGAACAGUCAAUGAGUAUUACUGAGAUGUGGCAGCUUGUUCAUCAUUGUUAUGGUGAAGAAUUAGGUUUAACAUCAGAUGAUGAAGAUUAUAUUACACGCCCAUUGACUGUUCCUCAUGAAGAAAAAUUGUCUGCACGAUUAUCUUUAGAUUCAUUUUCUGAGGGAGAUGUUAAAUCUGGAAAUCCUCCAGCAUCAGAUGUUGUACAAUUACCAUUAACACAAUCCUCUGCAAUACAUUCAGCUACUGGUAAUAAAACGGAAGAAUUAAUAGAUCCUACAGAUGUAAGUGAUUCAAGUGAAAGUGAAGAAGAAAAAAAACCGUGUGUUCGAAUGGGCAUAAGAACAAGUAUUCCAGUAUGCAGUGCUUCACAUAGUGGACGACUAUUGAUAAAAGCUACUUUACCAAUACACAUAGAUCAACUGUUUACACUUUUAUUUACUAAUUCUAAAUUUUUUCUGGAUUUUCAUACUGCUCGGAAAACAACAGAUUUAAUUCAACCAGCCUGGACACAAGAUAAUACAACAUCAAUAAAGAUGAGAACAGUUUCUUUAACUGUUUCACUUACACAAGCAGUUGGCCCUAGAUCUUCACAAGUUACAGAAACACAGAUAAUGCUUCCAUGCACUACACCUGGUCAUCUUUACUGCAUUGAUGUAGAAACCACAAAUGCUGGUAUACCAUAUGCUGAUUCAUUCAGUGUUUUAUCACAUUAUUGUAUGACAAGCAUUUCUGAAAAUGAAUCUAGUUUUGCCGUGUUUUCUCAAAUCAGAUACAAAAAAAAUGUAUGGGGGUUUGUUAAAAGUUUUAUAGAUAAAAAUUGUUGGGCUGGUAUGCAAGAAUAUUUUAAUAGUCUGAUUAAAGCGUUAGCUGUUGAAUGCGAAGAAAGUAGCGUUGUAGCUGGUGGUUUAAAACGAAAAGCUAGACGACGACGACGUGUGACAGCUGCUGGAGUUACCAUACAAACACAUUCGCCAGAUCACACAGCCUUUAAUCAUCAAUCACCUGUCGUGGAUCUACCUCACAGUCAUACUAUUAAUGCUCCAGAUUUACGAGGCGAUAAUAGUACUAUACUCAGUUGGGUUCUUCUUGUAGCUGUUCUUUGCUUAAUGUUUAUUAAUGGUCUACUUUACUACAAAUUAUGGGGUUUAGAAGAAGCAGCUACUUAUACAAUAAUGGAUUUGCAUGUUCUUAAGAAUACACCUAAAACUGAAGAAGAUUGGAUAAAUUUGCUUCAACAACAAGAGAGUCUACACAAUAUAGAAGUUAAAAAAUGGCAAAGGGUAUUACAUACCGCUGCACAACUACUUAGACAGACAGAGGAAUCACUAACACAACUGCAAAUGAGUAUUCAUCCAACAACAACUGAAAAAAUGUUCUCAGUAUUAAAACCAGGAUUGAAAACUCUUAAUCAACAAAAUGAGCAACAUCGUAACUCAGAACUAUAAAAGAUCUUUUAUGAGCUUUAAUGAUAUUGAAUAUUUUAAAAAUUUGCAA